UUUUCUAACAACGAAGAAUGGAUGACUGGCAGACAGACACUGCCGGCUACGGCGUCGCCCAACAUAUUGUUGCAGCCACCGAGAGAGCAAGAAAAGAGAGACUGGAAGAAGAAAUGACAGAAGCUCUCACAGCCAUUCACAAGAGAGUCAACAACGCAAUAUCCUACUUCUUCUCAUUCGGAAAAGAUGAUUCUUCGGACGAAUCUGAUUGUCAUGGUGACUACUUUCAAGAUCUCGAUGCUCAUAACGAAUCGAAGAAAACAUUUCUGGACGCCAUGGUGGAGCACGUGUCAAUGUACGAGAAGCAAACUCAACUUCUGGAGAACAUGCACAAAUGGUUAGCCAACAUUCUAGAAGACAUAGAAGGCCCAGAGGAAGAAGGGCAGGAGAUUGAGGAGAUAGAAGUGGAGCCUCCCAAAGCAAUAUUAUUCGCGCUUGGACUCACAGACAAAGCUCUUUUCCAGUUGAUAAAAGUUGGAGAUCAACUCUUGACGGUUGCAAAGAAAACGCAGCAGAUAGCGAAGGCAAAGAAACCAAAGAGCAUAGCAAAGCGCCGCGUAAUGGGCAAGAGAACCAAACUCGACUUCGUCCCUCUAAAGUCUACAGAAGAAAUGAGCGAAGAAGAAAAAGAGACUAUGAUCAAAGAGAUGACAAAUCCAGGGAAGUGGAUUGCAGCCAAUGCAGAGUUGAUAAAGACAAUAAAACUUGCACAAGAAGGAGUUGGUGGUGAAAUGGCAAUAAGGUUAAAGAGUGCUGAGACGUUGCUAUGGGUGAUGAGAACAGUGUAUCAACAACAGAGAGAAGAUAUUUCAAAGUAAUGUGGCUUAUGUAGUUAAUUGUUAUUUUAUUUAUUGUAUGUGUUGUGUAUAUACAUUGUGUAGGCUAAGGAAAGAGGCAACUGUCAAGAAGCUGGUAAGUGUGACAUGCUUGCAACAUUAGUUGCUACCACACACAGUGAUACUCAAGAACAGAACUUGUGUCUGUCUGUCUGUCUGUCUGUCUGUCUGUCUGUCUGUCUG